AUGCUCGGUUCCACAAUCUCAGUGAAGCCCUCUCACUCUGGUGUAGAGCAUCUGGAGCACAACCCCCCAAUACCACAGACGAUCCACAUUGCACGAGACAACGAAGCAGUGCGCUCCCUCGGUGCAUGGAUAGGCAACAAAACCGAUGCUGCAGCACCCUGGGAAGCAAUCCUGGACAAGAUUGCACAACGACUCACCCACCUGCUGAAAGGCCACCCCACCCUCUUCAGCAAAGCACAUAUGGUACAGCAAACAUUCGGGGGUAUGACCCAAUACCUCACCAAGGUACAAGGUAUGCCACCAUACAUCGUCACCACCCUUGAAAAACUCCUGCAGUCCUUCAUCUGGGAAGAGGCUGCAUCUAACCUGCCUGUUGCUCUCGCCCAGCUGUACCUUCCAAAAGAAAAGGGUGGGCUGGACCUGCUAAACAUAAAUGCCCGGAAUGACGCGAUUGAGCUCACCUGGCUGCGCACCUACCUUGACCUUAGCCCCACACGCCCUGACUGGGCUUUCGUUGUGGAUGCCCUUAUCAACACCCUUGCGCCAGAUGGAAUUGCAACCGAAGCACUCUUCAACACCUUCCUCCAGACGUGGGCUGUCCCUGGACAAGGGAAGAGAGCAGUGACCCUACCAACUGACGUACUCAGCAUGCUAAAGACUGCUCGCAAGUAUGGUGUCGCCUUUGCACCGGCAAAACUGUCUGCCUCCCUGAAAGCCCAGCUCCCAGCCUACUACCUGCUUGGCACCCCACCUCGAACAUACGCCGAGUCACAGACCGCGCACACCAGCCCCGCUCCAACUGUGGCUGCCGGGCGUGCCAUGCAGAUUGGAGGGACGGGUGUACCAACCCACAUCAAUGUGCAAUGA